AUGAACAUCUUUUUAAUAUUUUUAAUAUUGCUCAAAUGGUUAUGUUUAGUGGUAAAUUCAGUUCCAACUGACCCAAGAUAUGUACAUUCCACUGUUAUUGUUAACAAUAAUUUAUAUGUUAUGGGUGGUAUUUCUAAUGGUCGAUCAUCAAGAGAUUUUUUUUCUCUUGAUUUGUCACAACCAUUAAAUGCAACAACUCCGCCAUGGAAGGACUUAACUACAACUUCACCAUUGCCAGUAUUUGCAUCAUGGGCUAAAGCUAGUUCCAACACAAAUAACAAUACAAUAUUUUUGUUUGGUGGUUUUAUGCGUGAUACUGUAACUGGUGAAUUGAAUUUGAAAAGUGUGGUUUACACCCAUGAUUUUAAAAGCAACCAAUGGUUAGUAAACCCACCUGCUUUUCAAGGAGUUGCACCUAUAAGACGUAGAGAAUUUUCAAGUGUUAGUGAUCCCUUGACUGGCAAAUUAUAUAUUCAUGGUGGAGUAAAUGAUAUGAAAGUUACCACUACUGUUUUGUUUAAUGACUUUUUUAUUCUGGAUGGAAAUAAUUUAUCCUGGAGUCAAAUUGGGAAAACUGGUCUAAAUAUGCCACCUCCUAGAAUUGACCAUGCUGCUGUAUUGAUUGCUAAUGGAGUAAUUGUUUUUAUUGGUGGAGUAGAUUACUCUACUACUACUAAGUAUACAACUGCA